AUGGCGACCGUUGAAAAGACCAAACAGCAGCCCAAGAAGCUCCCUGUGCAAGAGGAUCUGUCUGACGGCGAAGACUAUGAUAGCGCCGACGACUACACCGACGAGGAAUAUGAAGAUGAGGCACCCCAAGCCAAGACUCAGAAGAACAAACAACUACAGAAGAAAUCACUACAGAAACAGAAGCAACCCGUUCAAGAAUACGACUCCGAUGAAUACACGGACGAAGAUGACUAUGGCUCCGACGAGUACGAAUACUCCGACGAUGAAGCCCUGCAGCCAUACUCGAAUGAGAACUCGGAUUUCAAGCCCUCUGGCGGUAUGGAUGUCCUGCACAAGGAGGAGAAAUCAAUGCUGGACGAGGAAGGCAUGAAGUUGAGAUUGGAACUGAAUCUGGAAAUCGAGGUCGAGCUCAAGGCACGCAUCCACGGUGACCUCACCCUAGCUCUCAUCCUGUACACCUCCCAUGAUAAAUCUGCCACCAUGUCGUCCAAAGACUUCAUCAUCAAGCACAUGAAUGCCGACCACCAAGAGUCUCUCAUACUGUUUCUACAAGCCUACUGCGGGAUCACAUCCACCCAAGCCAAAAACGCCCACCUGGAAGAAAUCAGUACCUCAAACCUGAUCAUCACCGCACACGGUACCCGCUACAGCGUCCCCAUCGAACCCGUGAUGAAGGAUUACUCGGAGGCCCGCGGCCGAAUGGUCGCCAUGCACAAGGAGAGCCUGAAGCGUCUGGGUCGAAGCGACAUUACACUCACCGAGUACCGUGCUCCGUACGGCAUCCAGGCCGUGAUCUUUGUGUUGUGUUUGUUGUUCUACGUCACCUGCUUCCUGCGCAGCAACCUGCAGCCUGGCUCGGAUCUCUACGAGUACUUGGGGCUCCAGCAGGUGCCCUGGUUUCCGCGUCUCGUCUGCAUUCUCCAGCCGUAUGUCGUGGGUGUUCAUAUCAUUGAGACCGUUGCGCUGGCUGUGACUCAGUUAAAGCCCCUGAAUGUGCCUGUUCGGUCGGGUUUGUGGUGGAAGUGGGUUGCGUCGUGUUUUGUGGAGGGAUACGGUUCGUUCUCGCGCAUUAAGCAAUUUGUGAAGGAGCAAAAGGCGAAGAACGGCAAGAGCCAGGCUGCACAUUUAGAGACCCCUCCAUCAAUCGCAAACAUGGGUAUUUCUCGGGAUUCUCGCCACAAGCGCAGCGCUACCGGUGCCAAGCGCGCUCACUACCGCAAGAAGAGAGCGUUCGAGAAGGGUCGUCAGCCCGCCAACACCCGUAUUGGCACCAAGCGCAUCCACCUUGUCCGCACCCGUGGUGGCAACCAGAAGUUCCGUGGUCUCCGUCUCGACUCCGGUAACUUCUCGUGGGGCUCUGAGGGUAUCUCCCGCAAGACCCGUGUCAUUGGAGUGUCCUUCCACCCCUCCAACAACGAGCUGGUCCGCACAAACACCCUGACCAAGUCGGCCGUUGUCCAGAUUGACGCCGCUCCCUUCCGUCAGUGGUACGAGGCCCACUACGGCCAGCCCAUCGGCCGUAGACGCCAGCAGAAGACCGAUGCUACCGAGGAGAAGAAGUCCGCCUCCGUCGCCAAGAAGCAGGCUGCCCGCUUCGCUGACUCCGGCAAGACUGAGUCUGCCAUCGAGCGCCAGUUCGAGUCCGGUCGUCUGUUCGCCGUUGUUGCCUCGCGCCCCGGCCAGUCCGGCCGCUGUGACGGUUACAUUCUGGAGGGUGAGGAGCUUGCUUUCUACCAGAAGGCUAUCCGCAAGUAA